AUGGCAAGGGAUACUAUAGUGAUUGUUGGAGCUGGUAUCAUUGGCCUCGAUGUAGCACUAGUUCUCGCUCAACGAGGAUAUGGUCGGUAUGUCACAGUUGUGGCCGAGCAUCAUCCAGGCGACACGAAUGCAGCAUAUACAUCCCCAUGGGCAGGUUGCAACUUCUCUGCAAUUUCGGGAACUGAUGCCAAUGCGUUGAGAUGGGAUCAACUCGGCUAUUCCCAUCUUACACGGCUCGCAUCUGAGAAAAGUGAAGAGUCCUUUGUCAAGCGUACUGAGUCCACGGAACUGUGGGAUGAAGAUGUUCCACAUGACAAGAUCCAGGCCAUGUCACAGUAUUUGGAAGACUUUCGAAUCCUCCCCGGUUCAGAGCUUCCCGAAGGCGUCAAAUUUGCCGUCUCCUUUACCACCUUGACCAUCAAUGCGCCUGAGCAUAUUCAGUACCUUUACCAAAGGCUGCAGAACGAAUACAGCGUACGUUUUGUCCGACAAAAGUUGCCCAAUAUUCGUGCUGCCUAUACCAGCAGAGCUACCGAGGUAGUGUUCAACUGUGUAGGUAAUGCGGCGCGAAGCCUUCCUGGCGUGGCAGACACCAAAUGCUAUCCUACUCGUGGUCAGGUAGUCUUGGUCAGAGCCCCCAGCGUCCAGAAAAACAUCAUGCGCCAUGGCAGAGACUACGAGACAUAUGUGAUACCUCGUCCUAGCUCUAAUGGACACGUUAUCCUCGGUGGUUUUAUGCAAAAGGGAAAUGGCGAUAAAUCAACCUAUCGCGCCGAUACCGAGUCCAUCUUGCGCCGAACCACAGACCUCAGCGCCGAGCUGGCGCAACAAGCGCCCGAGGUUGUGGCUGCAUUUACUGGACUCAGGCCGUCCAGAGAAGGUGGUGCGAGAAUUGAAAGAGAAGAUAUUGCAAUCAAUGAUAAUAAGCGCAUCUUGGUGCAUAAUUAUGGCGCGGGAGGCACAGGCUUUCAAGCUGGGUACGGCAUGGCUACAGAAGCUGUGGAUACUAUUCAAGACUUCUUGCAGUCUUUGAAGACGAGCGAGAUUGGGACACGCAGUCGCCUGUAG